AUGGUGUUUUUACAAGCUUCUUCUUGCUUCAAGCUCAAGGCAUUCAUUUCAAGCUUCAAUCUAACUGCAGCUCAGCAUAAGCUACUGUGCUCAGCAACACAGAUCAUAGCUUCUUCCUUCUUAGCAAGCAGCAUGUUUUGUGUGUGUGUAUUUCCAGCUGUUGACAGCUGGAUGACAGCUAGUUCCAGCUCAGCAAGGCAGUUAUCAGCUAGGCAGUUAUCACAUUUUUUGGUUUGUAUUAAGUCCUCUGGUUCAGUAUUCACAGCAUUGCUCAUUUAUGUGGAUGAUUUAAUCAUUGCAAGCAAUUGCAUACAAGAAGUUCAAUCAGUAAAAGCUUAUCUACACAAUGCUUUUAGCAUUAAGGAUCUUGGUGUUCUUAAAUACUUCCUUGGUCUAGAAGUGGCCAGAUCCAGCAAAGGUAUUUCUUUAUGUCAAAGAAAAUACUCUUUAGAUUUGCUCAAGGACACAGGAUUUAUUGAGGCAAAACCUGUUUCUACUCCUAUGAUUAAUUCAAAGAGGCUUAGCAAAGGUGAUGGUGAAGCUUUGCCUGAUAAUUUUCUUUACAGAAAACUCAUUGGUAAACUGCUUUAUCUCUGUGUUACAAGACCAGAUUUGUCUUAUGCUGUGCAACAACUGAGUCAAUUUCUGGAUUGUCCUACAAGUACUCAUUUGACAGCAGUGCAUAGAGUAUUGAGAUAUGUCAAAGCAGCUCCAGGCAAAGGCCUCUUCUUUUCUUCAGAAUCUAACUUGCACUUACAAGCAUUUUCUGAUUCUGACUGGGCUACUUGUCCAGACACUAGAAGAUCCAUAUCAGGGUACUGUGUUUUUCUUGGUACUUCUCUUGUUUCAUGGAGGUCUAAGAAGCAGACAACUGUCUCUCGUUCAAGCUCAGAGGCUGAGUACAGGGCUUUAGCAGCUUUAACUUGUGAAUUGCAGUGGAUGCAGUAUUUGCUGACAGAUUUAAGACACAAGACUUCCAUGCCUUCUACAAUCUAUUGUGAUAAUUUGUCUGCUAUUUCAUUAGCACACAAUCCUGUUCUGCAUGAACGUUCCAAACAUAUAGCUAUUGAUUGUCAUUUGAUCAGGGAAAAGAUAGCUGCAGGUGUCAUCAAGCUUCUUCCAGUUACUACAGACAAUCAACUUGCUGAUUGUUUGACAAAAGCCCUUCCUCCUUCUUGCUUUAAUCACUCAAUAUCCAAGCUUGGUCUCAUAGAUCUCUAUGAUCCAGUUUGA